CUCAAAUUAGAGCGAGGUAGUGUAAACACAACUCUAGGAACAUGAAAAGAUCGGGUGACAGUGAGAGGGAGAAGAGAAGAAAGAGACGCAGGCUGAUACAGGAGUUGGGAGACCAGAAGAUUCCCUUCCUGGGGCCUGGAGACCAGGGCUUCCAGCAGCUGUGGGAGUCCAGCUACUCGGGCCUGGUGGUGCGGCGGUCCUGCUCCCUGCCCACAGAGCUCCACGGUCGGGUCCAGACCGCCCUCCUCACCCUGAGGCAGAGGGGCUGCCUCCUCAGAGACCUGGUCCGGGUCCGGGACCGCGACGUCCUGACCGCCGUGUCCCGGGCCUUGCUGGGCCAGCCGGGCACCACCUACCGCUACCUGGACACCCGUCUCUUCGCCAUCCCCUGGCACAGCGAGGAUCAGGAGGGCGGAGGCGCUGGCGUUGCUGGGACGGUAGGGGUAGACGGGCAGUCGUGCUGUGACGCCGACCUGAGGGCCGCCUGCAAGGCACUCUGGGAGCUCAACCACUUCUUCUCGUCCGACGUGGGGGAGAGGAAGGAGGGCGACGCCUUCACGCAGUACAGGAAGGACGCGGACACGGAGGCCAAACUGAGCGAGGACGACGACAAGGGCUCCCGACAGAGCGACGCGUCCAAAAACACGGAAGGGGGCGACUCGGAGUCCAAGCAGAGCGAAGAGGGAGACACAGAGUCCAAACACAGCGAGGAGUGGGAUAUCGAGUCUCGGCACAGUGACGAAGGCUGCUCCGAGUCCAAGCAGGAGGCGGACUUGGAAACAGAGUCCAAACACAGCGACGAAGGAGAGCUGGAGGUCAGACAGAGCAAGCUUGGGGUCACAGGGUCAAAUCCGCACAGUGAAGGGAAACGCACAGGUUCGAACCCCGCGUCAGGCAGGAGCCCAGAGGCCGAGGGGGCGAUGCUGGGAUGCCAGGAGAAACCUGUGUCAGAACUGAAGCAGAGUCUCUCGAGCUACCACAUCCAAGAUGAGGAGGAGGAGGAGGAGGAGCAGCAGAGUGGCCAGGGCUGUUCUGCCCCCCCCCAAGCACCAUGCCCAGGCCCCGCCCCCUUCAACGUCACCUUGCUCAACUACAUGGACCCGUCUGCCAUAAGCCAACUGAAGGAAGAGCCUUACUAUGGGAUGGGCAAGAUGGCGGUGGGGUGGCACCACGACGAGAACCUGGUCACCAGGUCCCCCGUGGCUGUGUACAGCUACAGCUGCCACGACAACAAAGGUGUGAGCCCAGAGGAGAGCAGUGGAGAGAAGGGCUGCUGGAGGAUUGGUCUGAAGGUGGCCUGGGACAUCCACACGCCCGGCCUGACCCUUCCCCUGCAGUCUGGAGACUGCUACUACAUGAGAGACGACCUGAACAGGAGCCACCAGCACUGCGUCCUGACCGGAGACGUGCCUCGCUUCAGCUCCACCCACCGGGUGGCGGAGUGCUCCACAGGCACCCUGGCCUACAUCGAGGCGCGGUGCCGCGAGGCCCUGUCCUACCUGCGCGUGGAGGCGGACGGGGGCGCCCACAGCCUGCUGUCCCUGCUGCCCUCCACCUUCCAGCACUGUGAGGAGAUCCACAACGAGGUGGAGUUUGAGUGGCUGAGGCAGUACUGGUUCCAGGGCCAGCGCUACACCCGUUUCUGCAGCUGGUGGAGCAGCCCCAUGGAGAGACUGGAGACAGACUGGAGACACAUGGAGCUCAUGACCAAGCUCUUCCUGGCGGUUGUGGAGGAUGAAGAGAGCGCGGAGGAGGGCAGGAGAGAGAUGGCCGAGACUCUGCUGAGUGCCCUGACAGACAGACAGCAGCACAGACAGACAUGGAGAGACAGGUAGGACAACAGACACACACA